CACAGUAACUUCCCUGAGGUUAUAAGUUAUUUAUUUCUUGAAAAAUUUAUGCUGCUUGAUAAGAAACCACAGUCGAAACCCACUGAGUGCCCUUUUUUUCUAGGCUGUGUGAUGGGCCCACAGUGCAGGAACUGCAAGUUUCAUGCCUGGUGCUGGAGAAUCUCCAGGACCUUCACCUGAAUUACGCCUCCAUUUUGCCAACUAGACAUUUCCACAUCACUCACAUGAGACUACCUCCUACGUCAAUAUUCUUUCUCUUCCUCCAUCACGCACCAUCCUUGGACCAUGGAGUACUCACACAAAAGGGAGGAUCAGUGUCUCUCUGAUUGUCACUCAAGAACCUACGGACAAGUUCACAGGCCAUGUAUGUGGUGCCUGCCACAGAGAUUAAGAGUGGAUGAGACAGGCAGGGCUGGACUUUCUGGGAGAUCACUGGCCGUGAUCGUCAGCGGGACCUGUGGAGAAGAGUUUGAGAUAGUCCUUGGUUAUUUAUUCCAUCUCAGAAGGCCCCUUGUCUCUGCCAGGGGUCAUUCAGAUUGCUGUGUGCUGCUGGAGUUCCCUCCUUUUCAUUGAUCUCCACUCCUGCAUUUUGUGAAUCUGCCAACACGUACUCAGCAGUUUUACUCUUGAUGGACAUGGAUGGUUUCUAGCUUGAGACUGGCAAGCACUACCUUCUUUACAAAAUUCUCCCAGUCUCUUCAGGAUGAUAACUUUUUUUUUUUUUAAGGCCCAGAAAGACCCUGGACUCCCUGAAAUGUAACGCAGAUAUCUCCCUUUCUGACUGGUGAAUAGAAAACUUGUCCAGAAUAAACACAGAGACUUAUUGGGAAGACAGGAAUCAAGACCCUCUGAAAAGUAAUGUCUUUAGAGCAACUCAGGUGGCAGGGGCUGACCCAGAAUUCUCCCCAAAGGAGACGCUCCAGGGAUAAAAUCACUCUUAAAGGAGGGCUGGAUCAUCAGUUGUUGUCUUCUGAGAUGCAGCAACAGGGGGAAGAGAGGCAGUGAGAGUACUGCAGGGGGCGCAGUAAAGGUGUCCCAACCUUGUGUCUGUGGGUGGAGAAGAAUGAUGGCUACAGGAAGACCUUCAGUGAGAACCAACGCUGUGUGCUCUGAUCAAAGGAUUGGCCUUGCAUUCAUCCCUGUCCAAGAUUUCCACUGUUAAAGUAGUGACCUCCAAAGAUUUCCACUCUGCAAAGUAGUGAGUACUCUGUUCAUCGUUUGAGCCUACAGCCGCUCCUCUGUGAAAUGACUUUCCCUUUCUAAGUCUGCAGAAAGAAUGGGAGAAGGGCUUGUUCAUCCAUGAGCACUCUUUAAAUGAAUAAAUCAGAUUUGUACAUGUGGGAUUCCCCUUUCCAGAA